AUGGAGGGUCUUCAAAGAUCAACCAUUUCGUUCCGCCGUCAGGGAUCUUCCGGUAUAGUCUGGGACGAUCGUCUCAUCGCCGAGCUUAACAAACAGGCCACCGAGCAGAAAGACGAAAGUCAACGCGACGAACAGCCUAAUAAGCCGAUGUCGGAAGGCUCGGAGCAAGGAAACCCGAUCGCCGGCGAUGAGAAAGAGAAGGAAAAGCUCAGGCCGAUCAAAACCGGUGGACCAACAAUGGGAGGAAUCGAGAGGAGUCGAUCUAACGGAGGAGGAGCCCCGCGACAUCACCGAACAACCGGAAGAGUGUCUCCUGCGGUGGACCCGCCGUCUCCGAGAAUCUCGACAUGCGGAUGCUGCUCUGCGUUUGGGAAGAAACCGCCGGGGAUGAAGAACAAUCCGAGGAAGAGGCCCCCGAAGCGCCGAUCGAGGUAG